UGUUUUGGCACGCAGCUAACUCCUCGUCUACUCUCUGCACUCUGCUGCCCUCGCGCACGCGUUUCUCUGUCUAUGUGUUUGUGUGUGCGAAUACACGAGCGACGAUGUGCGAGUAAAUAAUCGUGUCUAGCGCUGCUGCACGCGUUCGGUGGACUCGUCUCUCUCUCUCUCUAUUUUCCAUCUUUAUGAGAGAAAAUCCGACGCUUUCGCCUGGCUCGUAGCUGCGAUCGAGUGGGUAUCGAGCUUGCAGCGACUUGUCAUGGUGUCUCCUGGCCUACAUUCGCCAAUGAACGCCAAUGCGGAAGGGAAUCAGCACGAGGCGGCGUCUUAAUGGGACACAGCGCGACGAGCUUACAAAGUCUUAAUUUGCACAGAGACUGAAAAUCUCGAACAUGAUAACAAUAUUACGAGGAAUACGAUGAAACAUUUUCUGUGCGUAGAGGUAUAUUAAUCGAAUGUGCAGGAAAAUAAGUUAUCUGCGUCUUCGAUACGUUUACACAAGGUAAAUACACACGUUAUGUAAUUAGAAAUCUUACGAUUAUCUCACUUAAAUUAGCUUGACUACUGAAAAAUAAUAUUCUAAGCCAAAUUGUUUUAUCGUACGAAACGCUGCUGUAUGCGAAGGGGCAAGUAAACUCUCACUCUCAGUUUGUAUAUUUGAUCUCAAAAAUCUUUACUUAAAACGACUUUGAUAAAUAGUUAUCUUUGCAUGGAUUAAUUGCAGUACUCUUAUUAUUUUCUCUAAACUUCAUAGAUUUAAUAGUUACGUAGCUCUAUAAAAAAAUUAUUUGGCAGAAACGAUUAAAUCGAAUACAAGUAAUUAGAAAAACACAUCGUUAUAGAGAUAUAGUUAAUUUUUUAUUUCUUUCUAUUUUGCAAAAAUAUCAAUCUACUAUGAGCACUACAACACAUUGAUAAUUACUUAAAAGAAGAUCGAACAGAUCCAAUUUAAUGUUCGUACAACAAUAUUUAUCGAAUAUAAUCUGUUGUGGCAGGUGGGCAAGAGUGUAGGGGCGCUUGAAUAGGACAAAAUCGUCGGAUAUGUUGGACUCAUUACAAAGGUGAGAUGUUUGGGUUCACGACGAAAAACAUGGCAACGCAGCGCAUCCUAAUCGCGAUCGCUGUACUCGCCGCGCUAAUCGGUAUCUGUCACGCCGAGUGUCAAACGAGGUCGGUCUACUGCUACGAAUGCGACUCGUGGACGGACCUGCGCUGCAAGGACCCGUUCAAUUACACGGCUCUGCCGAGGGACCAGCCGCCCCUGAUGACCUGCAACGGAUGCUGCGUCAAAAUGGUCCGCAAUGCCAAAUCACCCUACGAAAGCGUUCGGAGAACGUGUACGUCGCAACUGCAGAUAAACUUAUUCAUGGUCGACCACGUGUGCAUGAUGGAAAGUACCGGCACUGGUCACAUGUGCUUCUGUGAGGAGGAUAUGUGCAAUAGAGUCUUGCCCUCCUCGAAGCCUAUUUAUUCCCUCGUCCUUGCCUCGACUGUCCUCGCUUUUUCUUUUUCACUGUUCAACCGAUGAUCGCUUGCUCGCUAAUUAGCCUGACUUUUAUCUCUCGUUCAAAUCUCAUCAAAUUCUUAUUUCUAUUUUUAGUUCGUAGUUUAUUGGUUUUUCAACAUAGCUUUAAGGUUCAUGAAUAAUUUUGUGAUAUACGUAAUAUAUAAUUAGAAAAUUUAGUCUUCCGUAUCAUAAAGAAUAUUUUCUUCCUGUAGAUAUAUCGCCAAGUCAAUCCAAGAAUUAAGUAUAGCUUAUUUUCUAUGUUCAUUCUAACAACGAAUGCUUUUGCUAACAAAAAAAUGUGAGGAAUCUACUAAUUCACAAUAUUCACAAUAUUCGUAUAUUAAAUAUUAUGCUUCAAUUUUCAAGCUCAUUAUAUUGUAAAAAAGUAGAUUUAAAUUUGAACAAAAAAAUUUUAAAUUAAUAAUUUUUCUAUUGCAAAUCCACAACAAAAUUCAUAGAAUUUAAAAUUAAUUUUCUUUUAUAUUUUUACUUACACGUUCUUUCUUAUCUAAUUCUUUAUUCUCCUAUAACUUAUGCUGUAAUUUUAUCAUUUUUAUCUUUUUUAUCAGCACACUAUGGGCUGACUAUCGAAUGUAUAUUUUUCCUUCAAUUUUUUUUCUUAGCAUAUCGCAAAUUUUAAACAUUCAUCAUUCGAUGAAAUCAAUAGUAUAGAACAUAAAUAAUAAUUCCACUUCUUAUUACGCAUGCAUUCGACUAUGAAAUAUUUUUCAAUCUUAUUGCUCGUUUAAAUUUCAAAAAUAUCUGCACGGAUAUCGAACAAGCGAACGUCAACCUUUAUCAAUCCCAUCCCUCAUCAAAUGUCAAAGACAAAGGCUAAACAAAAGGCAGAUAAAUAAUCAAGCAAGCACUUGACGAGCCUUCAGUUUAGCGGACCCGCUAGCCUACGGCGCUAAAAAGAGGGUUGUGUCUGGGGGCGAACGGGCCACAAAGCUGAACGCUCGUGUCCUCACAGAAAGGCUUUAUCCCAGUGGAGCCUUCUGCCAAACGAGUGUCGCGCCUUACAGGGGCGAUAUUUUUUUGGCAGGCCAUGCGGCUCGUGUCGCGUCAUUUGUUCAUUGUAGCACGCGCGGCUGCGAGGCUACACUAUAAUAACUUUUUAUUUUCACCUUAUCUCUAUAUAUGUAAUGAUGCGACGAUUUUUUUCAGCUUCUAAUAAUAAAUUAUACGCUUGAGCGAUCCCGCUGUAAACGGGAUUGUGUUAUGUAGUUGGUAAGCAAAUAAUUUAUCAAAAGGUAUAGUGCCUUAGUUGGCUAAUGUAUAUAAUAUACGAUUGUUAAAAUUAUUGACAAAUGUAAAUCAACUCUUCUUAUUUGAUUUGCACCUAUUAAUUACGAGCAUUUUAGUACUACUGCUUUGUACCAGAAGAAAUCAAUGCAAGUUACAUUCGCAAUAAUUUAUAACUUGCAUACAUUUCCUCCAUCUGCCGCAAUGAAAUGUAAGAGUUGACGCUUUUGUAAGUUUUAUUUUUAAUUUUAAUUCUUAUGUAUUUAUAAUAAAAAAACGUAGUAUGGCCUCGCAGCCGUAAAUCCACGUGCCAUGUGAGGUAUCAUCGCAAAAAGUUUUCUACAUGUCGCCAAAUGAUAUUCCCUCCACGUCGACUGCCGAAAGCAGCUCGCAAGAAGCUUUUUUACCAACGAACCAAUUGAAUGCGUACAUUGCCUAAAUUUAAUGUAAAUCGCGGCUCGUCGUGUUUUUUUACUUUUUUAUGUACUCAUGCUGUUUAUAUUGUAUCAUUUAUCGUCGUGCUUUUACGUUGUAUUUGCCUAAAGAGUGUCAAAGUUGUCAUGAUUAUUACAAACUGAGAAGAGUUUCUAGUUUAUUGAUGUAUAUGCUAACACAGAUAUUAUAAAUACUGAUAUCACUUCUUAACAAUAACAACUGAACAAGCCACAAACAUACGAAUACUAACAGCAAUUUUUAAAAAAAAUUAGAAUAAUUUAUACUUACUCUUUCACUUUUUACUAUUGAAAUACGUAAAUAUAUUAAUAUAUUAUUCUGCCAAAUAGUGUCAUGCAUAUCUUUGUAGUUUAUUGAAACUGGUUUUAAUGAAAAUGCAAGAAAUAAUAACGUUGAUUCUGAAAGAUUAUGAAUCUAUUGCUAUUUGUAGAUAAAUAAUUAUAAACUCGUUAUCGGAUAGAGUAUAUAAAUUAUUCGUUGAUUAUAAUUAUUGUUGAUUCAUGAAAAUUUUAGGCAUAAAUUGUAAAAUAUUAAAAGUUUUAAUAUAUUUGUGAAAAGUUAAUUCAAUGAAAUAGCAAUUAUGAUUAUCAAAAAAGGUGAUACUACGAAAAAACUCCAGUUUUUAAAUUAAGGUAUUCUUAGAAAUUCAAAUGCUUAAUUAAUUGAGCUCGAUACGUAAAGUAAAUGAUUUUUCAUAAUUUUAUAGUAUAUGCAUUCCAAUAAUUGUAGACAUAUCGAAUUUUCAGCAUCGAACUUACUAUAUACCUAUAAACGAUGGAUAGUACUGCUCUCAAGCAUAUAAUUCAUUCAUCUUACACAAUUGCCUCGAAAAAAAAUUAUUUAAAAUGCAUAUAAGAAAAAGUCUGAAAUAUAUUAGACGAAAAAGACAUUUACAAAACUUGCUAAAGGUAUAACUAAAAAUAUCACUAGUCUCUAAGUACAUCGUUGAAUCUUCGAAGAUGAAAAGUGUAAAGUUUAAUGUAUGAAAGUCUCAAGUUGCCUGAGUUAUGAUAAAUGACGUUAUAUGUAAGAAAAAGUGAUGGGAAAUCUUAUAGCAAUUAUACGUCAUAUCAUUGAUUGAAAUAAAAAUUGUGUCCAUUAAGUUUGUUCUGGUUGUUAACUGAUGUAAAAUUGAUUUAUAGUAUACAAUUUUGUCUUCUAUAUGCUAAAAAAAUCAGGAAGGAUAUUAAAUGAAAGUGACAAUAUUAA